ACAGCAAGCUGCGGAAACAGCUUUACAACAACGUAGACUUCAGAGUACCAAAAGGCAAAACUCUGCACCAACUUCGGGACCUCAGUCAAAGUCCGACAGGAUUUCGUCCAAAGAAGCCCGCAGACGAGAGUUGGAAGCUGAACUUGCUGCUUUGGCUCAAGCCCCUUCAUCUCCCAUUGGAGAUGCUAUUAGUUCUGGGCUGUCAAGUUCUUCAUCACACUCGCUACAUGGUACACAAGCUAGACGACGGAAGGAAAGCGAUAGUGAUGUAGACGGCGGACGAUAUGAAUCGAUUGCAAAGGACGAUGUCACCUCAAGUAGCGAAGGCAGUCCUACCGCAAAUCGUAAAUCCUGGUGGAAUUGGAGGAGCUCGACAUACCAAGACUAUGAAAGG